AAUUUUUUUAUUUGUUUGUAUAAUGAAAGUUUUUAGUGGUGCAAUACAGCAUGCAAAAUUUGAACAUAGGUCAUUCAUUCAUUUUAAUCUUGUUUCUAAAAGAUUCACCUUUGUUGUUCAUAACUUAUUAUUCAUUUUUAUUUCUCAAGGAUAUAUACAAAAGGUUAAUUUAAUUUAAUUUGCAACGUUUCGGACAUUUUAAAUGUCCGUCUUCAGGCGACAAUUGUUGUUAACGUUAUAUUAAAAAAUGCUGACGAUUUAACUAUCAGUCACGUCAUUUAGCGCGCGCGUCACUAUGCACUUGCGUGGGCGUGUUCUUGUUUACAUGUUCCUUCUUAAAAUACUUAUUUAACAAUGGUCUCCACUGACUCCACAUCACCAAUUGUUCGAAAUUGUUCAAAACUGUGUAGCCAUUAUAUUGUUCUCUUAAAGACUAAUUUCCUUCUCUUACUUUCCUCUGUUUUAAUCCAUUUUCAGUUGUUAUUACUCGUGCCUUUUCCCAAUCAAUCCCACUCUCGCAAUCAACGCUAUGUCUCGCCAAACCUCCAUCUUCCUUACCCAUUCUUUCUUCUGCCGACUCUAGUUUUCCAUUCUUUAUGUCCUCUCCCGUCAACCGAACUUUACUCAUAUGCUCUUUCUUUCUAGUUCCAAAUAAGCGCCGAGUCUCUCCCACAUAAACCGCCUCAUCACAUUUGCAAGGAACUUCGUAUACAACAGUCUUCCGUUUCUCUCCCAGUGGUUUCUGUGCCUUUGUUUUCAUUUGUCUCACUUUAUUCCCAGGUCUGAAUGCGGUACGGAAACGAUGCUUCUUAGCGACUCUCUUGAACUGCUCCGACAUUCCUUGUAAAUAUGGUAUAACCACCAUUCCUCUACAACAUUCCUCAUCUUUAGAAUCUGUCGACUCAUUCGUAUCCUCCUCUUUGCUUUUCAUAUACUGUUUCACUGUCUCUCUGUCAUAUCCAUUAGCCACAAACACAUCUUCGAUGUUUUCAGUUCCUCUUCUACAUAUCCAGGAUCGCAUAAUGCUCGAGCCCGAUCUGCAAAUCCUUUAAUUAUACCUUUCUUCAUCGAGGAGGGAUGGUUAGAUCUUUCCUUGACAUUUAUAUUUGUAUGUAUUUUCUUGUAGUGAACCAUACACUCGAUUUAUUUCGUUUUUCUGUUGAUUUUCUGUUUCAGAUCCAAAACUGGGAUAACAUCAUUUUCUUGCUCUUCUUUGGUAAACUCGAUUAUCCCUUUUUCAAUGCUGUUUAGAUGGUCAAGUAUCACAUCCGACUGAUCUUUUUCUAACUUUAUCUCACUAUCAUCAACGUACCAGAACCAUUCAUUCAAUGGACACGGUGACGUUUCGAUUGCCCGUAACUGAAAUUCCUCCAUGAAUAUCAUCGCGAUCUCACCCGUUGCUCCAAGCCCAAUCGGUCCACUUUCCAAAACGUAAUGACUCCCUUUGUACUCACAGUACGUUAGGUUAAACAUGCACUUCAAUAACUCCAUGACCGAUCCAACGCUCAGAUCUGCUAUAUCCUUUAACUUCUUUCAUUUUGUUAAACAGUUUCCGCGACAGUUUCGGCGUAAAAAUUAAAAUGGUCACCCGGUUUUGAGUCCGCGAUUCUUGAGCAGGAUUUUUGUAAUAUAAACUAUAUCGAGCCACCUUAAUCAUGUAAAUAGAUAAUUAAAUACUUUUAUUAACUUUUUUAAUCCACUGUUGUAAACUUAACGUUAUUCAGGCAAAGGUUAUUACCAAGGCUGCGAGUUUAAGAGCGACUGUCCGUAAAAAUCGAGCAAAAUUUGAAUUCUGCGGCAAUACACGAAAAAUAGAUUUCGUUCAUAUUUUGCUCAAAUUAAGGUAAUACCUAGUUAUAAAUGGUGUUUGGGUUAGAUUUUCAAUAUUUGGUCGAUAAACGUACAAAUAUCAGAAAUCAAGAAUUUGUCUCUAGGAGGCUAUAAUUAGCCGCAGACAAAGCCUCUGCCAUGGUCAAUUUCAUCACUUCGCGACGGAUUCAAAACUGCCCGCAGAUAGUUUUGAUGGUACAAUGACUAUAAUUCAAGUAUUAAAGAACAAUUUUAUCAAUAUGGAAUGGCCCAGGAGGCUUUAGGUGGCCUGACAGACGUUGUUGAAAUUGGCUAUUUUUAGUCAAAUUUGAGAAUUGCAUUUUGUCACUGGAUUUGAAGGGGAAAUUUACUAUGUGCGAUAAUCGGGAAUUUGUUUAUAUUUCAUCCACGGAAUGGUAUAGCAUGAGUACAUGUUAUAUAUAAAAACUAGCUUGGGUUAUUGCCUUGGAGCCUCACGCAAGACUUUUAAAAAAGCUCAUUUUGGUGAUUUUCAGUGGAAUGUAACACAAUUAAAUCAUUAGGCCCAUACGUCUAUACCAGAGUCACGAAGCUCAAAUUGUUCAAAACUUUGAAUUUUGUGUUUCGAUAUCAAUAUAUAUAUAUGCUUUCUAUACUUUAUAAAGAAUUGUUUAGAAGGAUUUUCAAUAUAUUUUAGUGAUAGGCCUACUUAAACAAAAGCACAACAAAUCAUCAUAUCAUUACUAGACUGUAUAACGUUGCUAUUUAUAGCAAUUCGCGUGUUGUUACUGAAUGUAUAUUUAAUAUGUCUGCAGUCUGUAAGCUUUUGAAGUCUUAUAAUUUCUCAUUUUUGUUUAAUGCUUUCUCUGCAUAUGUAAACUAUUAGAAUUAAAGCUAGGUAAAUACAAUAAAAGUACAUAAGUUGAAAGGUUAAUUUACUAUGUGCGAUAAUCGUGAAUUUUUUUAUAUUUCGUCCACGGAAUGCUAAUAUAGCAUGGCUACAUGUUGUGUAUAAAAACUGGCUUGUGUUAUUGCCGUGGGGCCUCACGCAAGACUUUUAAAAAAGCUUAUUUUGCGGUAGUUCAGGCGACAGUCAGGUAGUCUGUUUCAGACCAUGUUACGAUAUAAAGGACUAUAAAAUAAUAUAAAAACAAGUUGACAAAGAUGAGUUAGUUCUUAGAUUAUUUAUACAAAGCAAAUCUAUAUACCUAUGAAUAUAUAAAUAAUUUUAAAAUGUUUGUUAGUGGAAUCUGGGAAAUAAAAUCAAUGCCAAUGUUGAGCGCUUUAUAAUGAAAAGCUAUAGCUGUCAACUGAAUAACAACUGCAUAAAAUUUAUAGCUGUCUCACUGCUCGUAUAUAUAUAUAUAUAAAAUAGAAUAUGACUGUCUAUAAACAACAAGCAGUGUUAUUUUUAAGUUUACGUUUUAUAUUGAUGGGGGGGGGGGGGAUUUUAAUCCCCCCCCAAAAAAAGUAAAACCAAAAAAGUAAACUACAAUAUUAAAAAAGUAUAGCUAAAGCAGAUCCUUUGUAAAUGAUGUCCUACACUGCGUGGAAAUGAACGUAAUCUUGAUUGAUUUAUUCUUUAAUUUUCUGUAGAGCUUUUGUUUUGCUCAAAAAUACAGCUUCAAUGAUGAAGAAUGACUCGGCUGUAACAGUUUAUUCAUAUUCAAUUUAUCUCGUUUUUUUUUUAAAUAUUUUGACGUUGUGACGUCACCGUGAGAUCGUGUCAAGAAAGUCUGAUAUCUUUGAUGAUAACUUAAUAAAAUUUAGUCAAACUUGGCAUGUUUACACUGUAAUGGGUGCACCUGCAAGUGAACAGUUCGGAUUAUUUAUGUUUUGCCAUAACAAAUAAUUAGUCCCCACUCUUUACUCGUUUAGCUUCUCUUCUUUUUUACAAAUUCUUCCUGUAGACUUUAGUUUACUCGUUUCAAUGGUUUACACAGGGCUGUAAAUACUCGUUACAAGAGGGCCCCCUAUACCUCUUCACAAUCUGCUUUCACGUAAAAAUAUUUUGCCUUUUCACAAGUCACGGAUUAAGAAAAUCAUCGAUCACGUUUCACGGCUAAGUAAAAUAAGCCCUUCAUGCUUCACGCAAAAAGUAUAGGGGGCCUGAUCACGUUUCACGGCUAAGUAAAACAAGCCCUUCACGCUUCACGCAAAAAGUAUAGGGGGCCCUCUUACAAUUGUAACGCGUUACUGUGUACUCGUUACAUUUGAAGUAAUGUUAACCUCUAAUUAAUUACGUUUUUAGAAAUGUAACGAAAAACGUAAUUACAAAAGCAAUUAAGGAACGUGUUCCUUUUCCAAGGAGCAAGUUGAAAAUUCCUUUUCUUAUUUUGUUAAAAGUGAGAAAUAAAAAAUACAACGUUACGACAAAAAUUCAGAAAAAUGGCUGAAAUAAUUUUCAACGAGAUCGCUGCACAUGACAUGAUAGCCUACAUGAAGUACUAUUUAAUUUAUUGCGAAAGUGGAACCACAAUUUGUUCCGAGGCUCAGAGCGCCAAAUAUUGGCAAAUAAAGUUUUAAGAGUUUACAUGCUUCGAUUUGCAUGUAAAAUUUUUAAUAUAUUGAAAUAUCGUCUUGAUAAAUUCUUGCAAAUUUCAUAGUUUAUGCCGUUUUUAUUUACAACUACUGUUUAAGAUAUUAUAAUAUAUAUAGUAACAAUUUGCCGGUAAAGGAAUUUGUAAUUAAUUCCUUUUUCCGCAGUAUUUUUUCAUUGUACUUAAUUACAUUUUAGAACAAGUAAUUGUAAUCAAGAAUUUAUUACAUUUUAAAGCAAGUACUUGUAAUUGGAAUUAAUUCCUUUUUCAGUGGUAAUCUUGCAGCCCUGGGUUUACAAUUAUCGACAACACCUAUGAAUACUAUCGUAAUAAGCGGAAAUUGCAAAAAUUGGUUUUUAUUUCGCUGGAAAUGGUGGAAACGAACACCGGGGCACAGAAUAGAUACAGGACCAGAAGUGUCACUCCUAUGUGUUUUGGCUGAAGGAAAACGUCCGAAAUUUUUUUGCGUGCUAUGACGCCAUCCUGGAGUGCACCCGGCACUUUGUACCUAUGUUUUCCUAUGAGAAACUUCCGUGUGCACUCCAGGAUGGCGUCAUAUGAUGGCGUAUCUUCACGUCAGCACUCGUAAAAUUUCGGACAAAAUAUCGUCUGAGUGACACUUCUGGUCCUGUAUCUAUUCUGUGACCGGGGGGAAACAUCUGCUCAUGCCAAAUUGUAAACUUUUAAAAACAUUGCUAUUUAAUUAUUUAAGGUAAUUGAAACAAACAAAAAAAUACAUUAGCCGG